AUGACUGUUUCACAAACAUCAGUCGGUGAUACAGAGGUUAGCAUACAUAAUAGCUCAAUCAUUUCGGGGGAAAAAAUGAAAACAAGAGCAUCACAUUCGGUUUCUGUCUCUGUAUCAUUGUCUAUGUCGGCACAAUCAAGUUUAGAGUUUGUCUCCUUAGGUAGGAGGCUAUACGCUCAGCUUUUUGGUAACGAGACGGAUGUGAUGCAUAAAAUGAUUUUAGUGAGAUUUAUCGGGUCCAGUGUUUUAUCAACUCCGAAAGUGUUCCCUGUAACGGUCAAAACAAAUUUACCCCAUAAUAUGAUUGAAAUAGAAAGUUUGAAAUACCUUCAAAAAUAUAGCGGUGAUUUUAGUAUUCUGAAAGCGGUUAUUAGACGUAUUGACAAAAUUCCACCAUUAGAUCAUAUUAUUGCAUCUUUCCCCCCUGAAGUAUAUGAUAUCUUGAAGGAUAAGUCCAGUGAGUUUAUUCAUCGUCAAAUUUGUGAAGAAAGAGAGUCAAGUGUUGAUUUUGCUGUAAUUAGAACUGGAGAUAUUUCACACACGUUGAAUGGUGAAAUAUUAUUUACAGAACCCUAUGAGCAAGGCUACAUUAACACUCAAACAGCCAUUACGAUUGUUAAGGCAAAUGGUUGUCAUUCUACCAGUAUCAACGAACUGACAAGCCAAGAACAAAACUUUGAUGACUUUGAUCCAUUCAAUUUUGAUGAUAUAUCCAAUUCAAUGAUCUUAAAUGGGAAGGAAAGUAUUGAGUGUGAGUUUAAUGUGAGCACUUUGCAGCUCAAUACUUUGAAGGAGAAUACUAUGCUGGAUCAACACUCUUCCGAAUUUUGGUAUGAAGAUGAGAUGAUUUACAUGUGCUUGACACUUCAUGAUUUCCAGAAACUUCAAUGCUUAAGUGGAGAAAUUGUUAAAAUCUCUAGCGGCUCCUACGAUUUUUUAGGUCGUAUAUUCCCCUUUGUCGGUCCAUGUUCAUUCAAACCUAAUAGUAUUUACAUUAGUCCUUUGCUCGCACUAACUCUAUCAAAUCCCAAGCGUAUCAAAAUUAGCAAAUUAAGAGCACCCAAUAAACUUGUAAAUGGAGAAAGACAUCGAAUCACCAAGUUUAUUCCUCUAGCAAAAGAAGUUACAAUUGCUCGUGUUUCAACGCCAGUUACAACUGAUAAAUCUUUACAACAUCUAUUUAUGUUAAAUUUGAAAAAGUACUUUGAAUCUGCCCAUAGAGUGAUUUCAUUUGGUCAGUUAAUUCCAAUUGCAUUAGAUUCAUCUUUAGCAAGAUCUAUUUAUGAGACAUACUCUAAUAAGAACCGGUAUCCAGAUCAGAUCCCUUACGGACAGCAAGAUUGUAUUGCUUGGUUCCAAAUUACAGGAGGUAGUUUCAAAGAUCCAAAUAAUCAAGGGUUGGCCGAUAUCGAACCGGGAAAACAAUAUUUUGUGAACGCACAAAGGACUAGAAUGAUACAAUCAGGUAUUGUAUGCAGUGAUUUGUCUAGUGUGAAUAUUCCCAAUAUCUCAUCGUACCUUAAUAUCCAACCAUUGUUUCAAUUUCCCAAUAUAUAUAUUGCUCCCAACAAAGUUACCUUUCCCUAUGCAAAAAAGUUGAGGAAGAUUUUUGAAACAGCAACCAAAACCCGUGGGAAACUUGAGUUACAAACCAUAGUUAUGUUAACAAGCAACACGAGGUUUGUAGGUAAGUCCACAUUAUUGAAAACAGUGUGUAAUGAUUUUGGGUAUUCUUUUGUUGAAUUGAAUGGCCAUGAACUAUUAAACUCUGGACUAGGUAUGCCUGCAGCUACAGUAGGCAUAAUCCGUGGGAAAGUUGAUAGACUGGUCGAAUCCUGUGAAAGGUUGGUGAUUUUGAUCAAACAUAUUGAAUCCAUUUGUAAGAAAGGCGAUGAACAACAGCUCGAGCAGAAGAGUGUGGAUGACACGUUAAGCAUGAACAUUACUCAAUUGGUCAGGGAUUAUGCUAAAAGGGGUGUGGUUGUUGUUUUUACUUCAAAAGAUGCAGAUAAUGUCAGUGACAUAUUGAGAUCUAAAGUCAAAUUUGAAAUUGAUGUUGGAGUCCCCAAUGAGCCAGAAAGAAAGGAGAUUUUCAAAUAUUUAGUUGACACUGAAUAUUCAUCGAAAAGAUCAAUUUUUAACAACGAUGGUAGAUAUAAGUACGUUGCGAGAUCAGACGUCAACAUUGAUAAUUUAGCAUUACAGAGUGCCGCUUUAACUGCAAAUGAUUUAAACUACAUUGUCAAGAACGUCAAGCUAAAUGCACUAAAUAGGUUGAGAAAAGAAAGCAAGAAGUUAGAAAUUAGUCUUUUGGAUCUCAUUGAGUUGAAUGGAAGCUCCGUUAAACUUAUCAGCAAGGACUUCGAAGAGAGUAUCAAUAGAGCACGUAACAAGUUUAGUGACUCUAUUGGUGCUCCGCGUAUCCCAAAUGUCAAGUGGGAAGAUGUUGGGGGUUUGGACGUUGUCAAAAGUGAAAUUUUGGAUACAAUCGAGAUGCCUUUGAAACAUCCCGAACUGUUUGGUAGUGGAAUGAAAAAAAGGAGUGGAUUGCUAUUUUACGGGCCUCCUGGUACAGGUAAAACAUUAUUAGCUAAAGCUAUUGCCACUAAUUUCUCCUUGAACUUCUUCUCGGUGAAAGGUCCUGAAUUGCUAAACAUGUACAUCGGUGAAUCAGAAGCGAACGUUCGGCGUGUUUUUGAAAAAGCAAGAGAUGCUAAACCCUGUGUUAUUUUCUUUGAUGAGUUGGAUUCAGUUGCUCCAAGAAGAGGUAAUCAAGGUGAUUCUGGAGGUGUGAUGGAUCGUAUUGUUUCUCAGUUGCUUGCAGAAUUGGAUGGCAUGAGUGGUAGUGACAAUGGGGAUGGUGUUUUUGUUGUCGGUGCCUCUAAUAGACCAGAUCUACUCGAUGAGGCAUUACUAAGACCGGGAAGAUUUGAUAAAAUGCUAUAUUUGGGAAUAUCGGAUACCCAUGAGAAGCAAGCAAAGAUUAUAGAAGCAUUGUCCCGUAAAUUUAAAUUACACCCCAACAUUGAUUUACUGAAGAUAGCAGAGUCGUGUCCCUUCAAUUUCACCGGUGCAGAUUUUUAUGCUUUAUGUUCAGAUGCUAUGCUCAAUGCGAUUAUUCGGACUGCUGGUGAUGUUGAUAGAAAACUACAUAAAUACAACGAAAACCGCCCCGAAGAGGAUCAACUGAAUCUCAGACAGUGGUUUGACAAAGUGGCAACUGAAAGUGAUAUGGAAGUUCUUGUGUCAGAAGAAGACUUUGCUAAGGCACGAUUGGAUCUUGUAGCUUCAGUCUCUGAGGAGGAGCUAAAGCAUUAUUUGCGUGUCCGGGAAAACUUCGAGGGCGGCAAGAAUUAA